AUGGGGGAAGUCGUACCGCAGUAUUACAUACACCCGCAGUACCCGGUUCAUUCCACUCUAGGUACUUGGCGUUUUUUUUUUUUUUUUUUUUUUUGAAAAUUCAUAUUUUCGCCCUCCGCGGAUUUCGAAUUUUUUUUUAAAUUUUUAUUUUGUGACAACCGUGUUUAUUUUAUUUUUUUUCUUUCUAUUCAAGGAAUCUUGAAACUGGAGGACAUCGAAUCGGAAACUAGCGCCUUCAUGGCGUUGCACAAACGGCUCGAGGAGGAGCUGAGGGCCGCCAAACGGGCUCAACUGUCGUGCGGCGAAGUGCAACUGCCGCCCAACUUGCUCCGGCAGAUCGCUCACGACGUGCUCAGGAUGGCCGAAACCGAACCCUGCGGUCUCAGGUGAGCGUCUCGGUUUCUACAAAACCGUUUUGUUUUUUUUUUCUCUCGAUCCGACCGAAAAACUUUACUGAUCGGAGGGUUUUUUUUUUUUCACAGAGGAUGCACCUUAUACCUGAAUUUCGAAGGCGAACAAGAGUGCCGGAAAAUCGGUACGAUCAAAUGCGAUCCGAACAUGGUGUCCACGUUCGAGCUGUUCCUCACGCUCAAACAAGACCCCAGAAAUACGUGGUCGUUAAUUCCGCUGUUUCUCAGGUGAGUGUCCGCGUCGUUACGGCGAUCCGUUUUUUUUUUCUGUGUCAGUACGACAAAAAAAAAAUUAAAUUUUAAAUUAAUCGCACAAUUUUCGAUUAUUUUUUUUAACGGUGUUUUUUUUUUUUUUUCGUCUUUGUUUUCUCCGUUCAGGAAUUUGGCGAAAGGCAGCACCAUCGUGAUCGAUCACACGUUCACCAUUGAGAAACGGAAGCUGUACAGGUCUUUUUUAGAUUAGACGGCCCCGGAAGUCCGACGAACGACGGAUCUUCCUCGUCCUUCGUCACCAUCACAAACACCGCAGCCGCAGCCGCAGCCGCCGCCAACACUACCACCACAACAACCACCAACACCACCACCACCACCACCACCAAACCCUUAUUCUCAUCCAAAGUAUCUCAUCAACAAACCAUCACCACCGACACAGCCGCCGCCGCCGCCGCCAACAACUGCAGGUACAACAGCAGCGCCGGGACUCGACGAGAUCCCGCGAAAAAUCCCGUCUUUAUUGCUCGUAACGACUGCAACACGGCCGUCGCCAGUAGCGGCGCCGCGUCCGACGUGA